AUGGAGAAUAGCAAGUCACUGUUGCCAUAUGCAAAUGCAACCUUGUUAGAGCCUAAAGCUAAGAAACACUUUGUGCUAGUUCAUACGGUAGGGCAUGGAGCCUGGUUCUGGUGCAAGAUUGUGGCAUUGAUGACAUCUUCCGGACAUAAUGUAACAGUUCUUGACUUGGGUGCUUCAGGAAUCAACCCAAAGCAGGUCCUCGAAGUCUCACAUUUAUCAGAUUACUUUAGUCCACUAAUGGAGUUCAUGGCUUCACUUCCCGCUGAUAAAAAAGUAGUUCUUGUAGGCCAUAGCUUUGGUGGACUCGCCAUUUCUAAAGCCAUGGAAACCUUUCCAGAAAAGAUUUCAGUUGCUGUAUUUCUCAGUGCUCUAAUGCCUGGUCCAAGUAUCAACGUAACCACCGUCUACACUAUGGCAUCUAGUGCAGUAAUAACUCAAUUUGAUAAUCGCGUUACAUAUGACAAUGGACCUGAGAAUCCUCCUACUACCCUCAUCCUAGGUCCCAAGUUCUUGGCAACUAAUUUUUACCAGAUGAGCCCAAUUCAGGAUUUGGCACUGGCCGCUACACUAGUAAGGCCGGUAUACUUAUACAGUGUAGGAGAGGUUACUAAGGAGAUAGUUCUUUCAAGCAAAAGGUAUGGAUCAGUUAAGCGAGUGUUCAUUGUUGCUACUGAAAAUAAUGCUCUGAAGAAGGAAUUUCUAAACUUGAUGAUCGAAAAGAAUCCACCAGAUGAAAUGGAAGAGAUCCCGGACUCUGACCAUAUGACCAUGAUGUCUAAGCCCCUACACCUUUUUAUUACCCUUCUGAGCAUUGCCAACAAGUAUAGCUAA